UUUGUUGGUAGGUUUACCGAGACUAAAAAUAUUAAUUUUAAACAAUUAUUGACUUCAUAGUUAUUUAAUUAUAUUACUAUUACGUCUUAAAAAUAAUCAGCAAACAAUGUAUUGUCAGAUACUCAUAAGUAUAUUACUUUAAAAUACAACCGGUAUUUUGUUUUUCCUCGCUAUACCAUGGAAAAGAAGGAAAGAUUUUCAUUGUUGCUGUUGGAACCUGGAGAGUACUAUUUUGAAGAUUACAUAGCUUCAUUAGCAAUUACUGAGAAUGACACAUGGCUUAGUGGACGACUUAAAGUAUGUUCAUUAUCACUAGUUUUUGAUCCAAAAGAUUAUCAUAAACCAAUUUUAAAGAUACCGUUUACACAAUGUGGAUCCAUUACUAAGAGUUCAAAUGAAGGUUCAAAUAUAUUAAAUAUAAUAAGCAAACAGCACAUUGAAAUGUUAGAUCAUAAUGUGUUAGAACCCUACAAGUUUAUUAAUGAAUUAUCACUAUUCAGAAUUGAUUUAAAAUAUGCUCGAGUGGAGGAAUGCUUGUCUCUUAUAUUACAACUACAUCGAGCUUCUUCAUUGCAAACUGCAGAACAUAGACAUAUGGCUGCAGCAAUAGCAUUUGGUAGACAAACACUUAUUACAUUUGACCCAACAUGGUUAGAGUUGGGUGAAAAUAUAAUAAUGGAAGAAGUUGGUCAGAAAAUAACACCUCUCAGUAUAAACUCUGGGAGAAUAGUAUUGACUACUCUACAUGUGUAUUUCCAACCUUUCAACAAUAAUGAGGUGGGCUUAGAAUUUGAAUAUGAAAUCAAUAAACAACUUUACUUGACAUUCAAAAAUACUGAAAUACGAGAUAAUUUUUAUGAUAAUUCAUUAAAUCAGUCAAAAUUAAAAAUGGAAAAACGGGAAAGAUGCAUCAUGACACUGAAAUGGCAAAACGGCGCUUUGUCUAACUAUGAUUAUUUAUUGUACUUAAACAGUUUGGCUGAUAGAACUGUUAAUGAUCUGACACAGUAUCCUGUUUUUCCGUGGGUUGUAGCAGAUUACUCAUCACCUACCCUAGAUUUAACUAACUCAAAUACAUUCCGUGAUCUUACUAAGCCUAUUGGUGCCUUGAAUCCAGAAAGAUUAUUAAAACUCCAGGAUAGAUACAAUGAAAUGAAUGCACCUAAAUUCUUAUAUGGAUCUCAUUAUUCAACUCCUGGAUUUGUUUUGUUUUAUUUAGUACGCAAAUAUCCUCAAUACAUGUUGUGUUUGCAAAAUGGUAGAUUUGACCAUCCAGACCGAAUGUUUAACAGUAUGUCAGAUACUUGGAGAAAUGUGUUAAACAAUAUGUCAGACUUUAAAGAGCUAGUUCCUGAAUUUUAUGACACUGAUCAGUGCUGUGAUUUUUUAACUAAUAAAUAUGCUAUUGAUUUUGGAACCAGGCAUGAUGGUCGCAAAGUUGGUGACGUUGAACUUCCACAGUGGGCAAAUAGUCCUGCAGACUUUAUUUCUAAAUUGAGACAAGCUUUAGAAAGUGAUUACGUGUCUAAUCAUAUACAUCAUUGGAUAGAUCUUAUUUUUGGUUUUAAACAAAACGGACCAGAAGCAAUUAAAGCAAAUAAUGUGUUUUACUACUUAUGUUAUGAGGGAGCUGUUGAUUUAAACAAUAUACGAGACUGGAAUCAAAGACAUGCAUUAGAGGUACAAAUUAUGGAGUUUGGACAAAUACCAAAACAGAUAUUUGAAAAGCCACAUCCACCCAAAACAUGUUUAUUGAUUAAAGAUUUCCAAAAGCUUGGAAUUUUAUCUAAUAUAAAACAGUAUUGGAAUUGGAAAAAUUUGAGUGUUUUAAAACUAUUCACUACAACUAAACAUAGAGAUAUAGCUACAAGUGUAAAACUUAGUGAAGACUUGCAAACAGUUUGGUCAGUUGGAUAUGAUGCUAUGCUAAAAGUUCAUUGCAUAUCAACCCAGAAACAAAUUAGAAGUGUUAUCGUACAGGGUUUUCCUGUUAAAUUUAAUGAUAUAAUUUUACCAUCAAUUUAUACAUCAACAGCGCUGAUUGCUACUAUGCAUGGCUCUUUGAUUGUUUAUGAUAUUGACUGUUGUCGUAUUACUGAUGAUUUUAGAGCUCACGAAGAUUCUAUAUCUUGUUUAGCUUGGUCUAAAACCGGAUACUUAAUAACUGGUUCUUUAGAUUGUACUGCACGUAUUUGGAAGGCUCCACAAGCCCCUUGGACCAAAAUUGAAUUGAUAACUUCACUCAAAGCUGAACUGGAACAUGAAAAUAAAGUCACAAGUUUAGCUCUUUCUGAGGACAAUAAAUUAUUGGCAACUGGGACUAAUGUAGGAGAAAUUUUUCUGUGGUCAUUUCUUGACUAUUCAUUUAUACAACAAUUACCAGGACAUUCAGAGAAUGUAAAUAAAAUAAGUUUUAGUCGUGAUUGCUCAAAACUUCUUUCGUGUUCGGAUGAUUGCUGUUUCAAAGUGUUUGAUUCUGAUAGUGGAUUAGAACUUUACUCCAAUACACUUAAAUGUCCAUUAAAAACACUAGCAUGGGAUGGAUAUCAUGUUUUUGUUGGUGGUGAAAAUGGAAUGUUGUAUUUGUGGGACUUAGAAAAAUUUGAACUUAUUUGUAAAGUCAAGGCACAUUCUGGUGGAUUAUUUGAUAUCGAUGUUUCUAAUGAUGGAAGUAUGAUUGCUACUGCUGGUACAGAUUGUUUAGUACAUGUAUGGAAAACAUCUUUUGAUAUUUAAGAAUUCUAAUGUUAGUAUUAUUACUAAUUAAAAAAUGUAAUACAUCUUUUAUUUUUUGUUAAACCUAGUUUAUAUAAAUAUACUUAAACAUCUGUUGAUGUG